CAUACCAAAAGCGUUGAAAGCAGAGCAGAACCUAGGGCUACUCUUCUCUUCUCACAGUCGUUUUGCUAACAGAGCUUUUCUUCGAAGACACAGCCAAAAUUCAACGAUGGCAAACUCAAUGGCUAGGUCGUUCCUUCAGGUUGCAGCGACGGAGGAGGUUGCUUCUCCUCUCCGAGUUGUCCAAAUCGAAGGACUGGUGAUAUUAAAAAUAAUCAAACACUGCAAGGAGUUUUCACCGGCACUGGUUACAGGCCAGCUUCUUGGGUUGGAUGUUGGCAGUGUCCUUGAAGUUACUAACUGUUUCCCUUUCCCGAUCCGCGAGGAAGACGAGGAAAUUGAAGCUGAUGGAGCUAAUUAUCAGCUUGAGAUGAUGAGAUGUCUAAGAGAGGUUAAUGUUGAUAACAACACAGUUGGAUGGUACCAAUCAACAAUUUUGGGUUCAUAUCAGACAGUUGAAUUAAUUGAGACCUUCAUGAAUUAUCAGGAGAAUAUUAGGAGGUGUGUAUGCAUUAUCUAUGAUCCUUCAAGGUCCAAUCAAGGUGUCUUGGCACUCAAGGCUUUGAAGCUAUCUGAUUCUUUCAUGGAACUUUACCGAGCUAAUAGUUUUACUGGAGAAAAGUUGAGGGAGAAAAACUUGUCAUGGGUGGAUAUUUUUGAGGAAAUUCCUAUCAAAGUUGCAAAUUCUGCCCUUAUCAGUGCCUUUAUGACUGAACUGGAAUCUGAUACACCAGUCACACAGUGUGAUUAUGACCAUCUUCAAUUGUCAACUACUCCAUAUAUGGAGAGGAAUAUGGAAUUUUUGAUUGAAUGUAUGGAUGAUUUGUCAAUGGAACAACAGAAGUUUCAAUUUUACUACAGGAGCCUGUCACGUCAACAAGCCCAGCAACAGUCAUGGCUUCAGAAAAGAAGGUCAGAGAACAUGGCGCGGAAAGCUGUUGGGGAGGAGCCUUUGCCUGAGGAGGACCCCUCAAACCCCAUCUUCAAACCAAUUCCUGAGCCAUCACGGUUGGAGAGCUUUCUCAUAACAAAUCAAAUUGCUAAUUACUGCAACCAAAUCAAUGGGGUUGCCGGGCAGAGCUUCAACAGAUUGUAUUUAAUGAAGUCCUUGCUUGAUAAGUGAAGCAAAUCUAGUGAUAAUUGUUGUAUGCAUGUUGCUGGUAUAGGUGCAUUAUCUGGACUACAAUUACAAGAGAAAUUCUAUCUUGUGAGGCAUAUUGGAAGCUGAAAUUUUUGCAAUGUCUGAGUAUAAUGAUAAUUUAUGGGUAGCCUGUAAUUUCUAUUCGGAGAUGAACAAUUAAGACGUUUGGCCUUUUUUUGAGUUUUUCUCAGCUUAGGAAAUUAUUUAUUUACUUCACCUUUUACCAUGAAA